UACUUUCUCUUCACUUCUAUCUAAUAAUUCUCCUUGCUCGACGCAGUUCACCAGAGUACGCCGGACGGCUCCGCUGCGCUCGACUUCCAUUCUUUGCUUCAAUCCUUCUUUUUGAUUUCACUUCAGUCUCUUCCGUCAAGCCGCAAGUCGCAGUACCGCCAACAUGCCGACCAAGUUGAUGAUGGCCUUUGUUGGCAUGGACCUACUCUUUGCCGGAUGCGGAGGACUGUUGCUGGGCUUCUCCCUCAUAUCUGAGCAAUCGAUGCGCGCCACUCCGACCGUAGACAACGUCACACAGAACCUACUGCUCGGCCAGUGUCCCUUGACAGCUGGCGUAGUCAAUGCAAUCUUCGUCUUUGUCACAUUCUUGCUGUCUCUCCCAGCCCUUUUUCUACCAACGAAUCGAGGUUGGCUCCGUACUCAGGGCUGGUUGGUAGUCAUCUGCGCGACCUUCACACUUGGUCUUGGUAUCGCUAUCUGGGUAGAGACACUACAAACCCGCACGAACCUCAGCGUCCUUUGGGGACGCGAGACGCCGCUUAUCCAAAGUCUUUUGCAACAGAAGUUCGACUGCUGCGGUUACGUCAACUCAACCACGCCUCCGUUCGUGCAGGAUAGCACAUGCCAAAACACCCUAGUCGCCGCUCAGAAGGGAGGAUGCAUUGGUAAAUUCUCCUCUUUCGCCAAUACAUAUCUAGAUCGAGUGUUCACUGCCGCCUUCGGUAUCGUCGGUAUCGACAUGAUCCUUGUGCUUUGUGUCGCCAUGGUCCUCAAGUAUCGCAUGGAGCAGGAACGCUACAGGCACAUUGACGAGAAGAACGGACUGGGUGGGCUAUAGACGAUUGAAGAAUCUAAAACAGAAAGAAGAGGGUUUUGGAAGAGCCGGCCAAGCCAAGUCAACGAACACACAUGUCAAUCGAACGACUCUUUCUUUCCCCCCAUAGUCUACAGCUGGUGAUGUGGAAGUAAUGACGGAGGUCCCAGCAGUGCUGAUGCUCCAUACGGCAAGCUUUC